UUCAGUCAACAAACAUUCAUAAAUGGAGACUAAGAUCAGUAAACAACUUAACUAUCAAUGUAGAUACUUUGUAUCAUUUCCUUGAUUGUUUCUGGUCUUAUUGUUUGUUGUGUUGUUACUGCAACCUAUGGAGAUUCUCCACGGUGACAUCUGCCCUAAGAACAUCCUGGUAACUGCAGCGAUGAGAGCCAAACUGGGUGAUCUAGGAACCGCUCGUUUUCAAGAUUCUUCGCUCUCAGCCGGGCUUCUCAGUCCAGAAUACACAGCAAAGGAGAGAUUUGAUGCUCCAGCUCUACCAAAAAGCAAGGAGACUGACAUGUACAGUUUGGGAGUGACCCUAUGUGAGCUGUUCACCGCUGUUACUCCAGACCAUAGGAAAAGAAUGGAUCAAGUCUUACUCAUCCGUCAGCUAAACGUCCGUUCCUUAUGUAAGCACUUGAUGAGAGAAAAUCCUGCCACACGAUCAACAGCAGCUGAAGCUCGCAGAAUCAUUAGUGGUAUUCGUUAUAGAGUUGAAUAUACAUCAUGUCCUCCUAAACGAAUGGUAAAAGGUAAUAUGGAUGGAGUGGCUGAUGUCACUCUUGUUCAUCCCAAUUGGUGAUGUUGACAUGUCAUCGAACCAUGUGGUUGUUUUAUCUUUUACUUGAUAUCAUUUCUGUGUUUGUAGAAAAGAUUUCCUUAGCAAUAGCAAUGAGCUUAGCUCUGGUUUUGCACGUUGUAUUCUCGAAUUGACCAGACAAUGUCGAAGUAGCAUUUUUCAGUAUUGAUAUUGUUAAUUGGAAGGUUUGAUGUAUACGCUUUGUCUACUGCACUUAUGAUCUGUUGUUCAAAUUGA